AUGGGUUAGACAGAUAGUAAAUAAGAGUAAGAUUUUUUGAGAAAGAUUGACUCGCAAUAUGAAUUUAUAAAACAUCUCAAUGAUGCAAGUGAAUCUUCAUAAUUAUCAAGUAGGAUAUGGAGAUGGUAAAUUAUUUGGAAAGAAAAAUGACAAGUUAUAAAUGAUUGUAUUAAAGAACAUAAGUAUUCCGGAUGAAGCUAGUUUUUAAACUUGGAAGAAUAAAUUAUUGGUCAGACAAUCUCUAAAGCACUCUAAUAUUAUUGAAUUGAAAGGUUUAUAAAAUGCAUAAUAUCAAUUAGAAUCAAUUUAAGCAGAAGAAGAAUAAGUUUGUAAUACUUUUUUUAAAGUUAAUCUUGUAUUUGAAUAUAUCCCUCAAACUUUAUAAGAUGCUAUAGAAUAACGAAAAUAAGCAGGUGCCUAUUAUGGAGAAUAAGAGGUUUUACAAAUGUUAAUUGGAUCAAUAAAUGGAUUGGCCAAAAUGCAAGAAUUAAAAAUUGCUCAUCAAAAUUUGAGAGUGCAAACAUUAUCUUAUUUGAAUGGAACUAUUAAAGUUAGUGACAUUCCUUUAUUAGCUAAUAUUACAUCAUUUGCAGCAGUAUUACAAGAUUAUGGAAAUGCAUCUCAAGGCAAUUAUCUAUCUCCAAUAUUGACUAAAGCAGUUUUUUAAAGUAAUCAUAUGCCAUAACAUAAUUUAUUCAAAUCAGAUGUGUAUACUCUUGGAAUGAUAUUCCUUUAAGUUUGUUUACUAUAACCUUAAGAUAAUUGUUAUGAUUACUUUGAAGGAAAAAUAAAUAUGUAAUAAUUGGUCACCAAUAUUGAAUAAGCUAGAACUAUUUACACAUCUGAAUUAGUUGAAAUAAUUGAAGAAAUGCUUGAAUAAGUUGAAAAAGAUAGACCUGAUUUUAUAUAAUUAAGGAAUAAAAGAAAAGAAAUUAUUCCUUAACUUUCAAAUUAAUUAGUAUAGAAGAACUCACAUCAAUAAGAAGAUUAAUAUUAGAUGAUGUUUUAUGAGAAUAUUGAUCAUUAAUUUGAAGUCAAUCAAUCAGUAUAACCCUCUUAUUUGGAUGAAGGACCAUUACCAUUAUCUGAAGACAAUUAUGAUGAAUAACAUCAACCAUUUAAAGAACCAAAACCAGCUAAUUAUAAUGAUCAUGAUAUUCUUAUUCACAAUGCAGACAUCACUAGAAAUUCAAUCUGUAAUAAACACAAUUAUCGAUUUAGCUCCAAUGAAGUAAAACAACUCAAUUGGAUAAAUUCCAAAAUCAUUAAUCUCAGAAUUUUAAGUUUAACCAAUCUCAUUUGCAUAAAAUAAUAAUAAUAUUUUAAAUUAAGACAUUUAUAAAGUACCAGAAUAAUAAAAAUUAAAUAUUAGAUAUGAUUCAUACACUAAUACCUAAAAAGAUUAUACUAACCAUUUAAAAUAAGAUUCUUACACUCAAUCAAGUUAAUUAUUCAACAAGAAUAAUUAGUAAAAAUCUAAUAUUCAAUUACAAUAAUAUGUGACGACCUAUUAACCUCAAAGAGAAUCUCUUCAAGUAAAUGAUUAUCUAGAUAAAUUUCACUUCUCAUCACCAAAUGAUAUUAAAUAAUUUGAAUAAAAUAAUUAGAUUGAUUACAAUUAACCAAAUAGGGAAUCUUAUUAGUAUUACUCUGCUUAACCAUAGAGUAGGUUUAUGUCUACUUAAUAAUAAUAUUAAUAAUAAUAAUAAUAAUAAUAAUAACCUAUUAAAUAAUAAUAAAAUUAUCAACCUAUUUCAGCAGUAUCCUCAUAUCUCCCAAAAUAGAAUUUAUCAACUUACAUUAAUGAAACAUAUUCAAAUGGAUAAAGAUAUGUUGGAGAAAAAAUAAACGGCAAAAAAGAAGGUAGAGGACGAUUAUAUUACAAAGAGGGAGGCUAUUAUGAUGGAUAUUGGAAAAAUGACAAAAUUAAUGGAUAAGGUAUGAUAUUAUUAUAUAAAUAAAGGUGUAUUAUAUUAUGCAAGUGGAAGACCUGCAUAUGAUGGAGAAUGGGUUGAUGACAAAUUUCAAGGAUAAGGAAUAUUGUAUAAUGACACUCCUAAAAUUGAAGAUAUCAAUUACAGAAAUCUAGAAGAUAUUGGAUUGUAAUAUUAUUUUUCAAUAUUAAAGUGCUUGGACCAAAUAUGUUGGGUAAUUCUAUGAUGAUAAUAAAAAUGGUUUAGGAACUCUAUAUUUUUUGAAUGGUGAUCGUUUCGAAGGAUAUUUUUAAGAUGAUCAAGUUUAAGGUUAAGGAAGAUAUAUUUCAAUAGGAGGAUAAGUAAUUUAAGGAAUUUGGAACUUUAAUCAUUUUGUUUAAUGA